AUGUUCGUGUCUGAUCGCAAGCGUGCGAGGAAGGCAUGCAUCCCCUGCCAUGAGCGCAAGCGAAAAUGCGACACCGUGUAUCCUUGUGGCAUGUGCGCCACUUACGGAUACAACUGCAGGUACACCGACGACAACCCCGCUGGUUCUAUAGGCGGCGGAACUAUGCCGCCUCCAGCCCAGCGCGUCAGUCUCGACGGUGAAACCUGUCGAGACCGCCGCGAGGGCGACGGCUCGUCGACCGUCGUGGCCGGCGCGUCCCCAGGAAUCUUCGACGAGCAGAAGCUCAGAUACGCCGGAGCAUCGGCAGCCAUGGCAUUCCCGCACAUCCUGGGUGUGGCUCUCGGUUCCGACAGCCCCCCCAAGAUGCGGUCGUUCGCUUACAACUUUGGCAUUCGCCCCGAGGAGGCAUCCAAUGCCCACGGCCUUCUGGGAAAUCUCAUCUCGGAGGAAGACCUGGGCUUUUUCUCGGGUGUGUUCUUCUCGGGAUUGGGCCCGGUCGGCGACGUGCUGGACCCAAGAAUCCACGCCCAGCGAUGUCGAGAUUAUUACCACGGCGUGGGCAGCAACGCGGUCGCCUUUGCCGCCGUGGCUGCCGGCGUCGCUGCUCUCGGGUCGUUUCUAUCUCCCAACCGGCACCCGCGAGAGUCUGACCUGGUGCAGUACGCCAAAGCCAUCCUCGAUGAUCCGGCCUCCAUGCGUUUGCAUGGCAUCGACCACGUCGUCGCAUGGGGCAUGCGAGUGUUUUACCUACGGGCAACGACCCGGCCCAGCAAUGCUUGGAUCGCUUCGUGCACGCAAAUGCACCUCUGUGAAGCGAUCGGGCUCCAUGAGGAAGAGAACAUCCGGAAGAUAGCGUCCGUCGCUGGUCAUGACGCUGACCGGCUGAGGAGAAUCUUCUGGAUCUCGUGGGCUGGGCAUACUAUACUGUCUUAUGAGUACGAUCGGUCGCCUGUAGUAUUCCGCUCCGUGACUUGCCAGCCUAUCAUCUCGAUACCGGGGUCCGUCGCGGAUCAGUUCGUCCGACUGAUCCAGAUCAUUCCCUCGCCCAAUUCUCCGUUCCAGAUCGACUUGCAGCUUCCAACUCCGAGUGAGGAGCUACUGAAGCGUCUCAAGGCGUUGGAUGAGCUCCAAUUUACCCAUCCGUUUCUUGUGGUGACCAAGGCGGACAUUGCGUUUUGCUUCUAUCGACGCCUUUACCAGCUCAAAAUCCGAAUACCGGACGAUACAAUAAAUCAUAUCAUUGAUAGCGGCAACGCCGCUGUGGACGCGGCCGAGCAACAAGCUAUCCAAGGUCGUCUGUUCUGGAACGUCAUCGGCAGCGUUUUCCAAUAUACCUGCAUCCUGUUAGCCAUGGACACGCCGGCAGCCUCCGCCCACAUCGGCGGCGCAUUCAAGGGCUUGGAGAACCUUGUCAAGGCUGCCGACACCGGACUGACGCGCGAGGCGUUGUCAAUGGCGCGCCACCUACUCAGCCUUAAUAUGGCAAAGAAGCGAAAAGAACUUGCGCAGCUGAAAGCCGUCGAGGCGGGCUAUGAGUUCUUUCCGGCACCGCCGGUAUCCGAGGCCACCACCACCGUGCCGGACAUGAACUGGGAGAUGGACUGGGAUCAAUUCUUCAUCGAGCCAUAUCUAUCCAUGCUCGAUCCUGACUUCCAGCUAUAG